CUGAUAAAAGCAAAGGCUGUUUGCUCGAGGUGCAGAAGGGAUCCCAGCCGGACCUGCCAUGGGGAGCGCAGGCUUCAGGGCUCCGCUGCUCGCGCUGGCGCUGCUGCUGCUCCCGCAGCCCACGGCCCACUUCUGGCUCUUCAAUGUGCUCUUCCCUCCCAGCGCCACGCCAGAAGCAACCCCCUCCAACAGCACCCCACCCGUGGUACUCGUGCCCGCGUACCUGGGGAACCAGCUGGAGGCCAAGCUGGACAAGCCAAAUGUAGUGAACUGGAUGUGCCACCACAAAACCGAGGACUACUUCACCCUCUGGAUAAACCUGCACAUGUUCCUGCCGCUUGGCGUCGCCUGCUGGAUCGACAACACCAGAGUGGUGUAUAACCGCAGCACCGGCAAGAUGUCCAACGCGCCUGGGGUGCAAAUCCGCGUGCCCGGCUUUGGCAAGACCUACUCGGUGGAAUACCUGGACAAGAGCAAGCUGGCAGGUUACCUACACACCCUGGUGCAGAACCUGGUGAACAAUGGCUACGUGCGGGACCAGACGGUACGGGCUGCCACCUACGACUGGAGGAUUGGACCCAACCAGCAGCCUGAGUAUUUCCAGAACCUGAAGGCGCUGAUUGAGGAGAUGCAUGACGCCUACCAGAAACGGGUCUUCCUGCUCGGGCACAGCCUGGGCAACCUCAACAUCCUCUACUUCCUGCUGCAGCAGCCCCAGGCCUGGAAAGAUCGGUUCAUCGCGGGCUUCAUCUCCCUCGGUGCCCCCUGGGGCGGGGCCGUCAAGUCCAUGCUCGUCCUGGCCUCCGGAGAUAACCAGGGCAUCCCGAUGGUCACAAGCAUCAAGCUGCGUGAGGAACAGCGCAUGGCCACCACAAGCCCCUGGAUGUUCCCGACCAACAUAGCCUGGCCCGAAUCACACGUCUUUAUCUCCACGCCGUCCUACAACUACACGUACCGGGACUACCGGCGCUUCUUCCUCGAUGUCAACUUUGAGGAUGGCUGGUACAUGUGGAACGACACCAAGGACCUGCUGAAGGGGCUGCCUCCUCCUGGCGUGGAGACCUACUGCCUCUACGGCACCGGCCUCCCAACAGCGGAGACUUACAUCUAUGAUGAGCACUUCCCCUAUGAGGACCCCGUGGACGUGGUCUAUGGGGACGGGGAUGACACCGUCAGCACCCGCAGCAUGAAGCUGUGCAACCGAUGGGCCAAGCAGCAGGAGCAGCGAGUGCAUGUGAUGGAGCUGCCGGGAGUGGAUCACCUCAAUAUGGUUUUCAACAACCAAACACUGAGCUACAUCAACGAGAUUCUGCUGGGCAGCUUCCAGGCCAGUGCGGAAGAGCAGGGAGGGAAAAAGACCCUCUUCCCACCCAACCCGGAGCCAACACGGGCCAGGAAGAACCUCUCUGGUCGGAGGGCCACUAAGAACCCCAAAAUGAACUGAAGGCAGUGAGGGUCAGCUUUGCUCCCAACCGGCUGCCCUCCAGCAAAGGGUUCAAAUCCGAGUGCCUGUGGAGGGCAAAGCAGCACCCACUCCUGCUAUGACUGGCUUUUGUUUUGUGAAUGAUGAUUAAUUACACAUUAGAGGCUUGUUACUUG